AUGGAGAGAAGCGCGAGUGCGGCAGAACGACAAGCCAGCGCAAGUGAGCGCUCCGCCGAGCUCCUCGACCGCAUCGCCCAAGGCAACGCUAGCACCUUCACCCCGCAUGCGGCGUCGACACCGUCGCCCGCCGCGAGUAGAGAGGACGCGUCGGCUGUACUCCAAGCCACCUCUUCCUCUCCAUCUUCGUCAACGUUACUGUGCCCAGCCGCCACGGCAAGUGAUUCCCAGAAAGACCCGGUGCUCGACAGCGCUCGCGCCUCUGUGACCGCCGAUGCGGUCUCUGGACCGUCGACGACAAUGUUCGACGACUCGUCUAAUUCCUCAACGGCGGCCAAGUCUACUCCCUUGCCUUCUGAAGCAGCGAUAUAUCCCUCCUUCCUCACGGGAGAAGGGGGGCCCUCCUCCACUCGCCACUCCACAUCCGCCCGCGCAUCAACCAUGGCGGCUCAGGGGAAGGAAGAGGCGCCCCGGAAGACAGCCUCGAUGUCGAAUCUCAGUGGCAAAGUAACGAACGCCACCUUGCCAAGCCCGGCCCUCGGUUCUGCGACCCACCCCGACCCCUCGCCCGCCACCACUCCGGAGCUAGGCUCCGCUCCGUCGCCGAGCGUGACGAGGGCGCACUUCGCUCGCAUGGCAGAGCUGUUUGCCGAGGGCGGGAAAAGAUUCAACGCCCCCCUCAAGGGUACCCUUGUCACCGUUCUGCACAACACGACAGCAGCCCAGAGAAUUGCCGCCAAGAUUGGGGCGACGGACGUCGACUCCCGCAACAUCAACUUCCCUCUCCCCAACUCUCUGUUCAAAAAUGGAACCAUUCUCCGAGGUUCAUCCCUGUCCCUUCAACUGGAAUUCGUAGACCCCAUCUCGGACCCUGACGAACGGUACGCUCCCGACAACAUCAUUGGAGUUGUCCGCGACCCGAACAGCUGCAAGGUCCUAUCUCGGUACACCAGAGCGGAUCUGAGAACCUCUUCUGCCGUGUCGACGUGGAACUUGACUUGCGUUUGGAUGAGCAGCACGGUACAAGACCACGAGCUGCUUUGA